GGAAACACUUGCUGAGUGGAUCCACCGGUUUUCACUUCCUACAUGUCCACUGCUAACAGAGCUGCACAAUGAAAAUACUAACUUUAUUAGGAUUAUUUUCAGCAUGCUUUUUAGCAAACAGCAUCAACAUCGAGAAUAGCGCAGGGCAGUUCUUCAGCAGUGGGCAUACGAACAAUUGGGCCGUUCUGGUGUGCACAUCCAGAUUCUGGUUCAACUACCGACAUGUGGCAAAUACUCUAUCUGUGUACAGAAGUGUGAAGAGGCUGGGCAUCCCUGACAGCCACAUAGUUCUGAUGCUGGCUGAUGACAUGGCUUGUAACCACAGAAAUCCCAAACCUGCUACAGUGUUCAGUCACAAAAACAUGGAGCUGAAUGUGUAUGGUGACGAUGUGGAAGUGGACUAUCGAGGUUAUGAGGUAACUGUGGAGAACUUCCUGCGAGUUUUGACUGGGCGCCUGCCUCCCAGCACACCACGCUCUAAACGCCUCCUUUCUGAUGAUCGAAGCAACAUCCUCAUAUACCUGACAGGCCACGGUGGGAAUGGCUUUCUGAAGUUCCAGGACUCUGAGGAGAUUAGUAAUGUGGAACUGGCAGAUGCUUUUGAGCAGAUGUGGCAGAAAAGAAGGUACAACGAGCUGCUCUUCAUCAUUGACACCUGUCAAGGCGCCUCCAUGUAUGAAAGAUUUUACUCUCCAAACAUCAUGGCUUUGGCCAGCAGUCAAGUUGGAGAAGACUCCCUGUCGCACCAGCCAGAUUUGGCCAUAGGAGUCCAUUUGAUGGAUCGUUACACGUUCUACAUGCUGGAGUUCCUUGAAGACAUCCAUCCUGCAAGCAAAACCAACAUGAAUGAUCUGUUCAAAGUGUGUCCAAAGAGUCAGUGUGUGUCCACUCCAGGCCAUCGUACUGACCUGUUCCUGAGAGAUCCUGGAAGUGUUCUCAUCACAGAUUUCUUUGGUAGUGUCCGCAAAGUUGAGCUCACCAUGGAUGCCAUCAACUUGACUGACCCCAUCAAGCAGAUGGAGGAGGAUCCUGUAAAUGGAGAGGAGCAAAAAGAGGUGUACUCGUACGCGGACCAGCUGCCAGUGUCUGAGAUCAUCCAUCAGAUGUCUUUGUGCCGUUUCCAUGGUGACAUCUCUAAGUGUGAAAUGCAACUGCCUCCCGGUCUCGGUGCGGAGGGGCCACCAUGAAAUCCAGCAGAAAGGAUAGGCAGGAUUGUGGAAAAGAAUUGUGCAUUCACCUCAUUCCCAAAUGAAUUGUGACUUUCACUCGGGUCGACCUUCACAAA